AUGUUUUUUCCUUUUCUCUUUGAAUCAUUCAUUACUUUCGAGAAUUUUACAAUUCUAGCUAACCAAAACUAUACACUCGAGAAUAUUCCAAACAUAACUUCAUAUAUAUUUGCCGAAAAUUCAAAUAAUCUUACGAUUACAACAAAUGGAACAGAAGUUUUGGUUCCUGGAAAGUCAUUUUCCUCUAAAAAUGUUAAUUCAAUCCUAUCAGACGUAAAUACAACGAUUUAUAAAUGGAAUAUUAAUUCUUCGUAUUGUACUGGGCCAAUUUACGAGUUUUCAACGCCACAACUCUUUUAUUUAGAAACAGAAUUCAUCAAACCUACAAAAGAAAACCACGGUUCUUGUUUAUUUUUAAGUAAUUUUAAUCCUCAAGGUUCAGUUUCAAUCUCAUUGUUUAAGAUGUCGUCGUCAAUUUCAAUAUACCAGGUCGAUGAACAUAAUAACGUUACUUUAUUUGGCGAAUGCGGUGACCAAAAUUGUGAUAAAGUCAAAUUAAAAGGAAAACCGUUUAUGAUUCGCUUUAACAAUCUUCCAGAGUUUACUUAUCUCGACAUGUAUGCUAAAUUGGACGUUUUGGAUCCAAAUGUGAAAUGUCAAAAUAAUCCAAUUGUUCAAUAUUCUGGAGAUCAAUGCUUUAAGACAGAAUUCCAAUAUUUGGACAGUGCAUUUAUGUGCACAGAUUCAAAAGAUCACAAAAUUGGAGUUAUUGUAGUUUUAUCUGUCUUAGCUGCUGUUGUAUUAAUGAUUGUUGCAAUUGUCUUGGUUAUAUGCUUCGUUGAGAAGUCAUCAGAUUCCAAGAAAGACUCAUUACAUUUGGAUAUCAUUCCAUAA